AUGAAGUGGGAAAGAAGGGGAGGAGAAUACACCCAGGAGCCUGAGCAGGCAGACUGGAGACGCGCCGCCGCCCGCUCCGAAGGCGACUUGCCGACCUCAGCGCCCUGGGCUCGCGCGGCGCACCGCCCGCCCCUUCGCGCCCGCCCGGCCCCGCUCGCGGAGUGCGCGCGAGGGGGGAGUAUCGUCUCCUCGGGCCGGAGCUCGGUGCCAGGACGCUUUCCUGACAUAACCCGGCCCCAGGGCGGGCCAAGUCGGGCACUAACCAUUGCUUGGCUUCCCUGCUGCCGCUCGGGUCCCCACUACGACCGGCAACUGCCUUGA